CGCGCACUGCGCGAGUGGAGCGAGAGCGCGCAGAGAGGACGUUGAGCGCGUUUCACAGAAAGAGUCUCGAGCGCAGAACCUGCUCACAGGAUAAUUUUUAUAAUAUAAUAAAUUAUGUUCUCUAACUUCAAAUGAUUAUUUCUCAUGAAACACGUCUGUAAUUAUGUAUCGCGGUAAUAGAUAAACGAAAUCUUCGGGGGAAACUGGAAUAUGCCUCCACCUGACAUCCAAAGGUAACAUCUCCUCAGAAAACGAAUUUGUAUUUUCCGCGAGAAACUGAAACAAGUGAGCGGUUUUAAAUUAUACUAAAUAAUAAUCCAGAUGAGAUAUUGAUACUAUUCCGGGGAACUCAGUGGCUUGUUAGUAGACUAUAUAAAGAUCAUUGUUCGUCAAGUUGGGAUGAUGAGAGUCUGAAGCGCACGCGACUCCCGCCGCUCCGUCCGUUCAUGUUCAUGGAGUUUAUACGCGGGAGCCGCUAGAAUGGAAACCGUGAUUGAUGAAACGGAGGCCUUACAAAGAUUCUUCGAAGGUCAUGAUAUUAACAGCUCUUUGGAGCCAACAAACUUUGACACAAGUAUCCUGGAGGAAUACAUCAGCAAAGAGGACGACAGCACUGACAUUUGUUUCACAGAGGUCCAUAGCACCCCGGGACCCCAUUAUCCCUCGCCUCAGGCCGGGGCAUCAACCUCAGGAGGGGUAGGGUGUGGCGUGAGCCCCCCCAUCCCCCUGCGCCAGGGCACCGUCCCGUCUCUGUCCCAGCCCUGCCAGAACCCCUACCCGCCUCCACCACUGCUAGGCCACCUCAGACACAACUACUCCUGCCUGGGGCAACAGCAGAGCCAAACACCCCAACACCAACAGCCACACAUCAAACCAGACCAGUGCGGACAGUACGCACCAGGAACUCUUCCCGAGUCCCCUCCUGACUCCAGUUCAGAGCCAUAUUCACCCCAGCGAGCCAACGAUCCGCACAUGCUCAGGACAAUGACGCCCGAGAACAUGUGUCACAUGACCAGUCCUCCGCCUCUUCCCACACACCCUCACUAUCCCAGCAUGCACCGGGACAUGUACCUUAAGCCAGAGACCAUGAUUUCGCAGUAUCCAAUUGGUCCAGGCAGUGGCGGAGACAUGCAACAGAGUCAGAUGCUACAUCAACUCCUGCAACAUCCACAAGGACCUGAUGGGAUUCCCGUUCAUCCAGCAAAGAAGAGAAAACAUUCCGGCUCUCCCAACAGCACUCUCAACUCUCAGAUCCUCACAGGCAUCAUCAAACAAGAGCCAGGUUUGAUGCAGGAUGCAGAAAACUCAUACCUGGAUCCAAACUACCAGUGCAUAAAGUGGCAGCCGCACCAACAGAACAAAUGGACUACAUUAUACGACUCCGGUGGAAAAGAGCUUCCGAUGCCUACAUAUAGGGUGGACGCAGAUAAGGGUUUUAACUUCUCCUUGGCUGAUGAUGCAUUCGUGUGUCAGAAGAAGAACCAUUUCCAGGUCACCGUGUACAUCGGGAUGCCAGGAGAUCCCAAAUAUGUCAAGACCAGCGAGGGGCUACAGCCCAUUGAAUGCUUUUACCUGAAACUCAAUGGGGUCAAGUUGGAAGCUAUGAAUCAGUCCAUUAAUGUGGAACAGUCUCAGUCUGACCGGAGUAAAAGACCCUUUAAACCAGUAUUAGUGACAUUGCCACCAGAGCAGGUGACUAAAGUAACAGUGGGUCGUCUCCAUUUCAGCGAAACUACAGCCAAUAACAUGAGAAAGAAAGGCAAACCGAACCCCGACCAGAGGUACUUCAUGCUGGCAGUAGCUCUUCAGGCUCAGUGUCACAGUCAGUGCUUCACGGUGGCAGCUCAGGUCUCCGAGAGGAUCAUCGUCAGGGUAACCGCUGCGUCUAACCCGGGUCAAUUUGAGAGUGACAGUGAAGUGUUGUGGCAGAGAGGCCAGAUGCCCGACUCUGUGUACCAUCACGGCCGGAUCGGCAUCAAUACAGACCGGCCAGAUGAGGCUCUGGUUGUACACGGCAAUGUGAAGGUUAUGGGUUCCCUUGUGCAUCCAUCUGAUAUUAGAGCCAAGGAGAAUGUGAAGGAGGUGGACACCACUGAUAACCUGAGGCGGAUUUCCCAAAUGAGGCUGGUGCAUUAUCAGUAUAAGCCUGAGUUUGCAGCCACAGUGGGCAUUGAUGCCACUUCUGAGACCGGGGUGAUCGCUCAGGAGGUCCAGCAGAUUCUGCCGGAAGCUGUGAAGGAGGGAGGAGACGUGGUGUGUGCUAACGGAGAGACCAUCCCUAAUCUGCUGAUGGUCAAUAAAGAGCGGAUCUUUAUGGAGAACGUGGGUGCGGUGAAGGAACUCUGCAAACUCACUGAUAAUCUGGAGACUCGCAUUGAUGAGCUUGAACGCUGGAACCGGAAACUCGCCAAACUGCGCCGGCUAGACAGCAUGAAGAGCUCUGUCAGCGGAGGCACUGUCAGUCAAUCAGGAAGCUACUUUAGCAGAACAGGAAGUGGCCCACUCAAGAAAAAAACUGCUAGGCCAGGAAGUAAGCGGUCCGUCCCGGAGCAGGGCUGCCUGAGUCACAGAUUCAUGCAGGGCACCAUCCUGGCGCUGGUCAUCAUUAUGGCCUUCAGUGUCAUCUCCAUGUCCAUCCUCUAUGUGCUCAAUCUUCAACACCAUGGAAGCAACAGUGAUGUUGAGGGCUCUGCGUCCCGCUGCCUUCUCUUCGUCUCUUGGACACCCUUCCUCACUGCAACCGUCACAUUCUGUCCAUCCUUCUGUCUGCGGUCUCGUUCUGUUUUAGGUUUGGCUCGUCAGGCUUCUUUCUCCCCUGUCAGAGUGACCGCAUCCACUCUCUCCCCAGACUCCACCUCCCCAUCAUUGUCCAAUCACCCGCCCUGCUGCCCUCCAACACCUACCACAACCAACCAAUCAGCCACUUUCAGUCUGUUGCCAGGAAACAACCAAUCCACUCCAGACUCGAGCACUAGUUUUCCCACCCAGACCACUAUUAACAAGAAGGCAAAGUCUCGGCCGCUGGACAAAGACAGCCGGAACAAGAACCGUCUGAGUCACACGUCAGCUCCUCUGUUCCUCAGUAAAGGCAAGCGGCCACCUCAGCCUCCGGAUCUGAGCGGAGCAACCAAACGCUUUCCUGGUGGACAACAGCCACCGUCCCGGAGACAGCGCAGUAUCAACACACAGGAUGGAAAUCUACCAACGUGUCUGAGCAAACUUCACAUCCUCGAGAUGGAUCAGGAGAUCCGAACUCUCGAUUGUUCCUCAUCCGAGACCUGCAGCUUUACUGUGUUUCUAAACCGAGAUAGAAACUCAUCUAUGUCUUACAUUACUCUGCACAUGAUCUCCUCAGAGGAGGUGUGGGUGUGGCGGUGUGGAGCCACCAGGGGGCGACUCUGUCCAAAUCAUCCAGAAGCUUCUUUCUCACAUGAGCGGAGCACUUAUACAGCGGGGACCAGCCACCUGUGGUCACUUCCUGUUAUGCCUUUUCAAGAGGUCACCUACCAUUUCCGAGUGUCACAUUCAAGUCAAACGGGAUGUAGCAGUGAAGACGAUGUAGUGUCUUCUCGGUGCCCUGAGUACAGUUUCCUCAUUCAAACCACAUGCUAAGCAGUGUCAAGAUUCAUGCUUUUCAGCUGCGACUUCUCCUGUGUCCACUCGUAUCGUCGCCUUAGAUUCAAGGACAGUUUUAUCUGGCCGAGCUGUUAAAGAUGUCCUAACUGUGUUUGUUCUGGGCGGAUUUGUUCAAAGCAAAAGGAAAAUUUGCAUUUUUCAAAAAAAAUCACUUUGUCUUAACCUUGAUUAUAUAUUCCUGCUUAUAUACGCUCGUGCACACAUACACACGCAUACAUUUACUUUAUUAAAAUGCCUUUUGAUUUGCCAAGAUACAAUAUGAACAGGUACCAAUGAGGUCCUAUAAGGACCUUAUUUACAUUCUUAAAACAGGUUUUUGUGCAUGAUUCAUCAGUGCAGAUUAUUCCACAGAAAUCAGUGCACAUUAUUUGCAUUUCGUUUAAAUGUCGUUAAACUGGAUUUGUUAACAUGUCAACAGUUUAAUUAAUUUUAAAACAAUAUUGCACCCAAAAAUGAAAGUUUGCUGAAAAUACAUGUACUCUCAGGCCAUUCAAGAUGUAAAUGAGUUUGUUUCUUCAUCAGAUUUGGAGAAAUGUAGCAUUACAUCACUUGCUCAGCAAUGGAUCCUCUGCAGUGAAUGGGUGCCGUCAGAAACAGCAGAUAAAAACAAUCCACACUACUCCAGUCCAUCAGUUAACAUCUUGUGAUGUGAAAAGCUGUGUGUUUGUCAGAAACAAAUCCAUCAUGAAGGCAUUUUUUACUUUAAAACAUUGCUUCCAGCUAAAAUAUGAAUCCAUAAUAUCGCUUUCUCUGUAAAAAUGUUGUCUUGUCUGAAUCAGGAGCAAAAUAUGCACAGAUCAAAAACCAUUUACAAGCAAAAACAGUCCAAAGCAGCUCUAAACAAAUAUUUUGAUGGAUUUUGAUGUGAGAGGAUGGUUUUUUUUCACUGGAAGAAGCAUCAUUAUGAAUUAUGCACUCAUAUUUUGGUCAGAGCUAACGGUUUAAAGUUAAAAUAUACUGAUGGAUUUGUUUCUUACAAACAUGCAGCUUUUGGCUUAUAACUUGUGGAUUAUUGUGAUGUUUUUAGCAGCUGUUUGGACUCUCAUUCUGAUGGUUAAUGCUAUAAAUUUCUCCAAAUCUGCUUCUUGCUUAGCUAGUUUUAAACAGCUGUCUUUAUAAUAGACUGUCUGUAUUUUAUUUAAUUUUUUCUCGACCUUACUAUUUAUACACUGGAAAUAGCUUUAACUGAACAGUUCAUUAUUAAUGAUAUGCAAAUCAGGUUGUUUACCUCAUGUUUUGUUAAACUUCCCAUUUCUGCUGUCGCGUCCACUGGAGAGAAACAGUUAAGAUACAGGAAUCAAGUAAGCAGUGUAGUAAGUAUAGUAUGAAAGUAUGAAUAGUUACUCAAGUAAAAAUAUCAGCUCAUCUCAAGAAAGGAAGAAACGAGGAUGUAUAAAUAAAAGCAACUACUGGAUUUUUUCAAGAUAGUCACUGGAUUUCUUCUUAAAACUGGAACCAACAGCAAUCACAAGUUCAACACUGUCAAAAACACUGGAUCAUAAUUGCCAGUUUAAACACCUGUCAGGAAACACUUCAUAUUGAGUUUUACUGUGGUACUUUUGUCUCUUAUUUCUUUCCCUUUCCAUUUUUAACAUGGUAUAUUUCAUUUUUUAAUGCAUUUUUCUAAUUUGAGUAUGCUGCUACAUGCAUACUAUACUUUAUAUUAGCAGUAACCAACAAUUGUUUGUGUUCAAAUAAAUCUUUUGAGCAGUAUAUAUAUGCAGAAUAUUAAUGUACAGUUUAAACAUUAUUUUGAUCAGAGAAUUUGUCAAUGUCCAAAACUCAGUAGAUUCAUUCUAAUUUCUUUAUCUUUAAAAUUCCCCCUCCCUCUUUUUUAUUUAGUUUUCAGAGAAGAAAAAUGGGCAGAUGUAUUAUGUCUUUCGUGUAAUCUAGCACUAUGUAAAUUUCCACACCAUAGAGUCAAUUUGUCUCUGUUUCUUAUCUUUGUACACAUAACAUUUUGAUGUUCUAGAUGUUGUUUGAAUAUUUUAAAGUAAUAAAACUCUUAAAAAUAAAUGUGCUUGAAAAGGUUCUUCACAGCGAUGAUAUAGAAGAACCAUUUUUGCUUCCACAAAGAACUUUUCAAAGUUUUUUUUUUUUUUUUAAACAGCUCACUUUAUAAUCUAAAGAACCUUGUUUUGCCUCAUAGAACCUUUUGUGAAACAGAAACAGUUCUUCAGAUGUUAAAGGUUCUUUAUGGAAACAUUCAGACAAAAAUGUUCUUCUAUGACAUCGUGAAGCACCUUUAUUUUAAAGAGUGAAGGAAAGCCAUAAUGUAGUCUUUGUAAGGCUGGGUGAUGUGUGAUUAUGAUAGUCAUGGUCAAAUCAUGAAGAGAACCAACAAAGUGUUGACUGAAAAUGUGCACUAAAAUGAGUUUCCAUAAUGCCAUACUAAUGCAUGAUACUGAUUCUGAGUAUAAAACAUUUGGGAUGAUCUUUUGAAAUCUAAUAUAUGUUUUUUUUCACAAAUCAUUGGGAAUAUCACAUAUUCAGUCAUGAAUAAACCAGCCUCUUGUGGAAGCACUUCCAAACUAUGCACUGUAAAUAUCUUUUUCUAAUGUCUCUGUGCCAUCUAAAACGGUUUAAAUACUCUGUGAUAUAUAAAAUGUCAUUUUAAUGCUCUUGUGUUUGGUUUUUAUUGUUAGAACUCAUAUCUUUCACUAUGUACAACUAUAUAUUUUAUUUCUGUUCUUUUUACUUGUCAUUAAGUAGUUUUUUAUAAUAUGAUUUUACUACAUUUAUGAUUUUUUAGUUACCUGUUAAUCAUAAUUGAUUAAAAACAUUAAAUAACUUGUUUUCAGUGGGGUGAAACUUCCCCUGUUUAUCAAUAACUGUGGUAUAAAAAUAAAAACUGUUUACACCACCAAAGGACAAAAAAAAAAAAAAAAAGUUUUUCUUACUUGUCUGUCUUAUGUUUAUUUUUAUGGCUUAAAGCCCAGUAAGAAUUAAAAUAUGAAAAACUGUUGACUCACUUUUGUGUAUGUUACAUUUUCUAAUUUCCAUUGCUUUGUCUGGGCUUUCUGAAAGCCUAUGUUGUAUUUUGAUACAUAAUCGUUAUUUUUAGUUCAUCUGCAUAAUUUUUUCAUGUAUGUGUACUGAUGUGAUAAUAAAAAUGCACGCAAAUACGAUGCAUAAAUUAAAUAAAUAUUUUUCUGGAUACUA